AUGGAGAUUCAUAGGAAGUUCACGGAUAAGGUCAAGACACAUCCAAAGUACUUUCAAAUAUUUCUCGUCGUUUUGGUUGUGGCGUUCAUCAUUACUAUUCUCGUUGUGGGAUCUCUAUCUGAGCCGAGCCGGCUCCUACAGUUAUACGCCCCUUCUGAGGAGUUUGAUUUAUAUAAAGUCUAUUUCUUUACAGUUUGCCGGUCCAAGAUUGAUGGGAUCAAUGACGGCUGUCAUGGGUAUUUACCGGCGGUUCUUUCUGAUGAUGCUUUCUUUGCUGGAUUUCCAAAUCUUAGAAUUAUCUUCGCCCUAUUUUUUCUGAGUGGCCUCGCCCAUCUCGCCCAUGGCUUCUUCGGUAUAAAGGUUCAUUUGAAUCAUCUACAUCAUCCCAAAAUCGAGAAUGCGAUGGCUUUUAUGUCUUUCUUCACCUUGCUUGCGGCUGCAAUCGCCUGUCCAUGGAUCUUGAUCGAUUAUCGGUGGCAAAUUCAGUCUGUUAGUGAAGACAAAAUCACUGUAGAUAUCAGUACUAGCGUUAUUGGAUUGGGGUUCACGGCAGUGCUCUUCAGUCUCGUGAGUAGGGAGAUCCUGAUUGUAGGAACACUUAAGAACGAGAGAGCGAUUCAAACGUUUUCGGUUACUCCAGAAAAUGGUGAGAAUGCACGUCGAUAUUCUCUAGAUGACGGGGAUUCACGUCCUAUUUAUAAUGAGGAGGCUGAACGAUCACAGAUCCCGGUCCCAAAUAUUAGGGAAGAGGAAUUCAGGCCUAUCACGAGAGAGUACCCGGCCUCGAUGCAAAUGCCGAUGCCUCUUGGAACGAGAAUGGCGCAGCCUCCAGCUGUUUACGCACGGGAACCUCAAGGACCUCCAUUUCCACCCCCACCUCCAGGUGCAUACGUAACGCGACCUUCAGGGCCUCCACCUCCAACGUUUGCAGGAUACGGUCGUGGCUCAGGUUGA